AUGAAGCUUACUGGAGAAGCUACAACGAUCGCCGUCAGUUUGUUGUUGUGGGUUAGUAUGGUAUCGGCCGCACCAGCCGAGGACUCGGAGGCGUUGCUGGUCAACUACGAGAGUGUCCAGAUGCGCGAAAUGUAUCGCUUUAUGUACGAAACGGAUGAUGGACAGUACCGGGAGGAAGUGGGAAUGCUGGUGAACAUUGGCACACCGGACGAGGAGCUGAUGACGAUGGGACGCUACAGAUUCACGAGCAAGGACGGUACGGAGGUGAUGGUGAUGUACACGAGCGGCAAGAAUGGUUACCGAGCCCGGACUGUCAGCAGCCGCAGCAGUUCCUGGGAUUCUGGGGCAAAGAAGAAGGCAUUGCUGUCGUUGCUUAUGGGUUGAGGCUUGUAGGUGAGGGAUGAAACUACUCGCUCUCUCAGCGCAACAGAAGGAGCGGCAGAGCUGAACGAUGACUGUGCUCAAUACUAACUGCCAUGUUUCCAAGAUCGAACUAGGAUUAGGCAAAAAAGAAUGCAAUUUUUGUAAAUGCUGUAAAAAAAUCAUCUUUACGUUAAGUUUAUUGAACGAAAUUAAAA